UGAACUUUAUCCCCUCGCUCGGCGAAAAUAAACUCCUGUAAACGGGUUAACAAUGGAAUAAAACGACAGCUUGUUAGAGGAGGAGCAGGAAGAGUUAAUAUAUCUGUGUCCUGGUCAGACCCGAAGUAGAAGAACCGGAUUAAAGCGUUAAACUCUGAAUCUUUUCAUGUUCACAUCAGAGAAACAACGAAGUUCCUGCUGUUAGCGGUUAGCUUUGUUAGCAUCACUCAGUUAGCCGCCGGUCGUUAAACCCGGGUCAAACUUUUAGUUCGGUUCGGUGUCAGCUCCGCGGCACGGCAACGGAGUUUCCAGUCGUCAGAUAUUUAAAAGAUGGGUUUUAAUCUCUGACACGGUGAAUAACAGCAGAUGUGUGCCGUUAGCCGGCUGCUACACUCAGGGUCUACGGAACAGUUGGAAGCUAGGGGUAACCGGAGCUACCUAACCAGAGAUGCACUCACGGCACCGCCCCGUGGUUUAGGCAGGUUUUACCGGGUUUUAUCGGUGUGAACAGAAGGAGUGUGGAUAUUCAGCAGGUCACUGCCUGAUCCUAAAACAGUCUGAUUCAAUAAAAGUGUCCUUAAAGGACGAAGCGGUGACAUACGGGACAUUACCGUCACUCUGUUUAUUACCGUCAACACAGCGUUGGAGCAAGUACUCACCGUAAAGAGGUAAAAGUACUGAUACCGCACUGGAGUAAUACUACAGUACAGGUGGAGGCUCAGACUCAGAGGUCAGCAUGUUGUUUCCAUGAUUACGAGCCUGUUGUUCUCAGUGGACCGCUCUGGGACCAGGUUCAGUUUGGACUCCUCCUGUGACACGCUGCUGUUUCUGUCCUCUGACUGGUCACCUGUUACCAGUCUGUCAGCAUGCAGCUGACCUAUCAGAAGCUGCCGGCUGACCUGAGGCGGAGCUCCAGACUCAGGAAGCUUACGGCAGUGCUGCUCGCAGCCUACGCCGUCAAAAAACUGUCCCCGUAUGUCUGGAGGAGGAUACAGAGGAGUACAGCAGGUAAACAGCUGGGUGGAGUUAACCUCCCUGUGGGUGUGGUCCCCUCGUCCUCCAGCUCUGUGGAAAACAGCGGAGGGAAGAAGAACAGUGACAGCAGGUCUCCAUCAGUGAACAGGGAUUUCGUCCUUAGGCUGUCUCGUAUGUUGAAGCUCUUGUUUCCACGGUUACUGUGUCCAGAGUUUGGUCUAUUGGCUCUGCACUCUGUCACUCUGAUGUCCAGGACCUUCCUGUCCAUUUACGUCGCUGCUCUGGACGGUGCGAUAGUGAAGUGUAUUGUUCAGAAGGAUCCUCAGGCCUUUGUGCUGCAGCUCUCUAAGUGGCUCCUCGUUGCAGUUCCCGCCACCUUCAUCAACAGCGCCAUCAGAUUCCUGGAGGGUCAGCUGACCCUCAGGUUCCGGAGCCGAUUGGUCAACCACGCCUACCAGCUGUACUUCACCAACCAGACUUAUUACCGUGUCAGUAACAUGGACGGUCGUCUGUCCAAUCCUGAUCAGUCUCUCACUGAGGACAUCGUCAUGUUUUCAGCCUCCAUCGCCCAUCUCUACUCCAACCUGACCAAACCCAUCCUGGACGUGGUCGUCACCUGCUACACCCUGCUGCGCACCGCCCAGUCUAAAGGUGCAAACACAACAUGGCCGUCGGUCAUCGCCGGUCUGGUGGUGGCACUCACCGCCAAAGUCCUACGCUCCUGCUCGCCUAGAUUUGGGAAACUGGUGGCCGAGGAGGCGAAGAGGAAAGGAGACCUGAGACACAUGCACUCACGCAUCAUUGCUAACUCUGAGGAGAUCGCAUUCUAUGGAGGACACAAGGUGGAGUUGGCCCAGCUGCAAAGGAGCUACAUGUCUCUGUCGUCUCAGAUCCAUCAGAUCCUGCUGAAGCGACUCUGGUACGUCAUGUUGGAACAGUUCCUCAUGAAGUACGUUUGGAGCGCCUCCGGCCUGGUGAUGGUCGCUGUGCCCAUCAUCACCGCUACAGGUUACUCCAAAUACGACUCUGACGAGGUGAAGCAGGCAGCCAUGGUGAUGAAGGAAGAGGAAUUGGUGAGUGAGAGGACGCAGGCCUUCACCACGGCCAGAAACCUCCUCAAUGCUGGAGCCGACGCUGUGGAGAGGAUCAUGAGCUCAUACAAGGAGGUGACAGAGUUAGCCGGUUACACAGCUCGGGUGUCUGAGAUGUUGGAUGUGUUUGAAGAUGUGAAUCAGGGAAUCUACCGUCGCUCUGCAGACAGAGAGGAGGCGUUAACAACAGGAGCAGCAGGAGGUGCAGCUGUGGUUCAACAUGGUCAGAGAGUCUGUGGUCGACUGGAGAUCAGAGGUCAGGUGAUCAGUGUAGAGCACGGGAUUCGCUGUGAGAACCUGCCAAUCAUCACACCGACCGGAGACGUGGUGGUGUCCAGCCUCAACAUCCAGAUGGAUGAGGGGAUGCAUGUGUUGAUCACAGGUCCAAACGGCUGUGGGAAGAGUUCUCUGUUCAGGAUCCUCAGUGGACUGUGGCCAGUUUAUGGAGGAGUCCUGUACCGCCCAGAACCACAGCACAUGUUCUACAUCCCACAGAGGCCCUACAUGUCAGAGGGGACCCUCAGGGACCAGGUGAUUUAUCCGGACUCAGUGGAGGAGAUGGUUCAGAGGGGGAUCACUGAUUCGGAUCUGGAGGAGAUCCUUCGGACCGUCCACCUGGUCUACAUCCUGGACCGAGAGGGAGGCUGGGAGUCGGUCAGUGACUGGAAAGACGUUCUGUCUGGAGGAGAGAAACAGAGGAUGGGGAUGGCUCGUAUGUUCUACCACCGCCCUCGGUACGCUCUGUUGGAUGAGUGUACGAGCGCCGUCAGCAUCGACGUGGAGGGGAACAUCUUCCAGGCUGCAAAGGAUGCGGGGAUAGCUCUGCUGUCAAUCACACACAGACCCUCCCUGUGGAAGUACCACUCUCACUUGCUUCAGUUUGAUGGAGAAGGAGGAUGGAGGUUUGAACCUCUGGAUGCCUCCACUCGUCUCUCUCUGCAGGAGGAGAAGCAGCGUCUGGAGAGCCAGCUGUCGGGGAUUCCUAAGAUGCAGCAGAGACUGGCAGAGCUGUGUGUCCUGCUGGGGGAGAGAGGGGGGGAGGCGGAGGGGGAGGAUGAAGAGGAGGCGCUCUCCUGAGUUUAGACUGGGAUGGAAGAAAUGUGCUGUUUUUAGUGGUUACCAUGGAAACACACAUAGCAGGUCGUUCAUGUGACUGAAACUGACGUUCAGAACUGCAGUUUGAUGUGAAACCGUGUUUUAACCUUCUGGACUGGUCUGGACCGGUCUGGACUGGUGGUUCCAUCCCUUUCCGCUGAAUCUACAGGACCCGCUCUCUGCAGGUAUGUGUGACAUAAACGUCCAUGAAACCUCCCGCGGUAUUUCAACUGCAUGUUAAAAAUAAAUAAACAUUAGAGAGGCACCGAGGUGGAAUUUCAGGGCCGGUGACUGAUGAUAUGAAUCUGAGAGAUCCGGCAGUUAGAGCCCCGACCGUCCCUAGAAGAAUACCUAAUCAAUACUAAUUAAUAACUAAAUAACGUCAGACUGUAUCUCCUUAUUGCCUUAUUGAGGAGCACGAUUAGACUACAUAAACCUUUAGAAUAACCAAUAACUCAAUCAUUUUUACCUCCACAUUAUCAGACGUCCUCAUUGGAACAAUACAAUCAAUUCAUUUUCUCAUCGUCCAUCCUGAAUGAAUAUAUUUCCACCAUGUCCACGGACAUUUCUCUAUUCUGAUUGGCUGGCUGGGACUCAUGAUGUCAUUUCCCACUGUGCUACGAUUAAUCACCAUGAAGUAAAUGUUAAAGGUGAAUGGACUGCCGACCCACGUUCAGAACUGUCCCCAAACACAUCCUGCGUCAGUCUCCUCACUCAUGGUUUUUGUUGUGUGGUGCUCGCUGACUGUUUUCAUGUUAGAGCAGCUCAGUGCGAGGACUCAGAACCCCCUGGGUCCCUGCAGUGACAGUCCCGUUCAUCUGUCCCAGAGACAGCGUUGGUAACUCACAGGUGGAAAAAGUCAAAGCUAAAAGAGCGCGUGGAUGUAAAAACCGCAGGAGAGAAGUCAACUACGACUCCCAGGGUGCAUCUCACAAACAGCCAAUCAUGGAGCUUGAGAUUCUGUCACAUGAGCUGCAACAGUCACUGUAAAUACAUCACACAAGUGGAGUCCACUGCUCAUGAAUUCUGCAGGUGUGGGUGUUGGGACGGACCCUGUACCCUCCGUUUCGAUGCAUGAUGGGAACUGUAGUGCCAAAACUCAAAGACGGUUAACCUUAAGUAAUGGAGAGACAAAAAACAUGAAAAUGAAUUACAAACCCCAAAAACUGAUCUGACGUCAGUGUUCGUGUCUUUUCAAAAACACAGAUCAAACUGAUCUGAUGAUCAAACUGAUCUGACGUCAGUAUUCACAGCUGGUUCUGAAGGAUUUCUCCGAUUAACCUAAUGUUCACCUGAACGUGUUGCAGUCACACUCAGAGUUCGCUUUUACAACUGAAUUCUAUCUGUAAACACUGUGCUGAAGAGUCAAUUUCAGUCACAUGACUCAGAGGUCACGUGAGGUCAGAGGUCAAACGCAGUGUGACCCACUGCAGGUGAUUUUUAAAUUGUGCCAUUUUUAAUCUUUUACUGUUUGUACAAUCGUGUUUUUGCUGAAGCUGGUUUAUCUGACAAACUAUAUUAUAUAUUAUAAUUGAUAUAAUCAAUCCGCAGCUCAGCUCAGUAAAUCAAACUGCUGCUGAGGAGCGUGAAUAAAAAAGAGUUAAACAGUUUGACAUGUUUGAUGUGGUGCAUUGAGUCUGUGAUGAAGAUGAUGAAAAUGUUUUGAACUUUAGUAGAAAA